CUCUGUAUGUUAACGACACCAUCUCUCUCAGUCUGCCCUGGAGGUUACCAGCAAGGUCCGACAAUGGAACUGAACCUCACGGCUCUGAACUGCAUGGUCUCUGCCAGCGAUGUCCAGGACGUGGUUCUCCCCUGCCUGUUCUUCCUGAUGUUCCCUCUGGCCCUGCUCCUUAACGGCAUGGCAGCCUGGGUCUCCCUCCACCUGCCCUCCUCCAACACCUUCAUCAUCUACCUGAAGAACCUGGUGGCAGCCGACCUCCUCAUGACCUUGACCUUUCCCCUGAAGGCGGCCAGCAAUCUCCCCACAGCCGCGCUGGGCCUGAAGGUCUUCACCUGCCGCUUCUCAGACGUCGUGUUCUUCAAGAGCAUGUACAUGAGCAUCACCCUGCUGGGCCUCAUCAGCCUGGAUCGCUUCUUCAAGGUGGUGCGGCCCAGAGGCAGGCUGUUGGGUCAGAACCUGCUCUUCAGCAGGCUGGUGUGUGGGGCGGCCUGGGUGGUGUUAUUUGGAGGAAUAGCGAUUCCGACCAUGAUUCUGACAGACCAGGAACUCACCAACGCCACGGGGUACUCCUGUAUGUCUCUGAAGAGCGUGGCUGGCCAGAAUCUACACAAGUAUUCAGGUUUCUUCAACAACAUCCUGUUCUGGUCUGUCAGCGUGCUGGUGGUGUUCUGCUAUGUCUGCAUCACCAAUAAGGUCCUCCAGUCCUUCAGGGACUCUGGCAGCAACAACAGCCAGGGCCAGAAGAAGACCAAGCUCCGCGUCUUCCUGGUUCUGAUGGUCUUCUUUGUGUGUUUCGUCCCCUACCACGUGGUGAGGGUCCCCUACAUCUUGGUUCAGACCCAGACCCUGGACCGCUGCACCGACGCCUGGAUCCCCAUCGCUAACAAGAUCACCCUAUGGCUGUCCACAACCAACAUCUGCCUGGACCCCCUGCUCUACGUCUUCCUCUGCAGGGAGUUCAGAGAGAAACUGGUCGCCAUGAUGGUUCUGGGGAGGAAAACGUCAGGCAUCACAGAAGACUCCUCACAGCAGAAAUCUCCACAGGGCUAGAUGUUCUGUGAUCAUUGGUCCACCACGACGCUGCAUGUUGUGUUGAGUUGCUUUGUUCAUUUGCAGGGAGAUCCUUAGCUUUGUAACGCCCUCAGCAACAGCCGUGUCAUUGGAGUUGGUUGUUUCAGUGAAAAAUUGAGUUUUAGGACUGUUGACAAAGAAGAAAACUGUGUUGUGUCAUUUAUUUUACUUGAAAUUAUGUUUAUUAGCCAAACCCAACACUAAUGUUAUGUUUUGAAACAUAA